UUGCUCAGUCCAACUAACUUAAUGCAUGCGUUGCUAUGCCCCACUAACUUAAUGCAUUCGUUUUCUGGCUGCAUUUUUAGAGCUAUAGCUGGUUAGCUAAAAGCUACAGUUUCCUUGCUCUCAAUUGGUGGAGAAUGGUCAGCUGACAUUGUCAUAUUGCCUCUCUCUGGAGCUAAGCGAUCAGCUAUAACACUCGGGUUUGUGAGUCUUACCGGAGAUUGGAAAUUAAUUAUAUUGAAACCUCAAGCAACCGUCUAUUUAUACAAGCAGCGAAAGGGUGAAAGGAAGGUUUUGCAAAGGUGUGUGAGCAGCCAGCAACAUAUCCAGAAUAAGGGAAAGGGGAAGGGGGAGCUACUGAGAGGGGAAAGUGGAGAAAAAAAGACUGAUUAAGAAGUGCGGAGAGUUGAAGAAGAAGGGUUACAGGCAAGGUAUGAAUUCGUAUUUCGCAAACCCGUCACUCUCCUGCCAUUUAUCCGGUGGUCAAGAUGUUUUGCCAAGCGUGCCACUAAAUUCCACCACUUAUGACACAGUGAGACAUUUUUCGUCGUAUGGGGCUGCUGUGACCCAGAAUCGGAUAUACGCAAAUCCUUUCUAUUCUCCCCAAGACAAUGUUGUUUUUGGGCCGAGCCGGGCAUCCUAUGAGUAUCAUGGAUCUAAUGUGUUUCUUCAAGACAAGGAUGGAGGUCUUGCCAGUUGCAGACAAACAACAAGCAUGGGACUGAAUGCACAAAACCACAUUGCUCAGGAGUACAGUUUGGAUCAAGCCAGAGGUGGAUCGCAGGAGCAGAAAGCUAACGUCCAGAUAUACCCGUGGAUGCAGCGAAUGAACUCUCACAGCGGAGUUGGGUAUGGGUCAGACAGACGCAGAGGACGCCAGAUAUACUCCCGUUACCAAACACUGGAACUGGAGAAAGAGUUCCAUUUCAACCGCUAUCUAACCAGACGUAGACGUAUCGAAAUAGCAAACGCCCUUUGUUUGACAGAACGUCAGAUAAAAAUUUGGUUCCAGAAUCGUCGCAUGAAAUGGAAGAAAGAGAGCAGCCUGACGUCGACGGUGACGGGAAGUGAAUCGACAGGGGCCACGGCGGAGAAGGAACGAGACGGCGUGGAAGAGGAGAAAGAGGAGGAAAAGAAAGAGAAAGAAUGAAAUACAUUUUACAACGAAAUCAUGAAACUCCACUAAACUACCUAGCCAUUCAAAGACCACAAACUCCCCUGCAUGAUAUUAUUCUGCUAUUUGUCCCUCUCUCUCUCUCACAAACUCGUAGCCUUCGCGCGCGUAAAAACAUGCAAUAUUCUGCAAUUCGGAUCAUUUUAGGCUGGAAAAAGCAUAUAGUUAACUGAUAGCUGUUUACUUCUGGUGGCAUAAUGUCCUUUGUCAUAGUCAUGCUAUUUGUGUUGUGAAAUGUGAAACAUUCAUCAUUUCCCUCCAGAAUUGCCCCAUUUACACUGUCAAAUAUAUCGUUCGGAUUACUUCAGUCAAUUCACAUAGGUCAGUGUUGGGGAUGGUUUACAAACACAAUAGGGCAUAAGCAUUCCAAAUGUGAAGGAAAUGCUCAGGCAUACAUAUUUCGUUUGUGUUAAUGUACUUGAAUCUUUACAUUCCCAUGAAUCCCAUCGCAAUAUGACUCCUGCAAAAUAUCCUGAAAGCUCUCACGGGGUGAACUACACUACCUAAAUUGUAGAUAUGCCUGUAUAUAUUCUAUGUAUUCCCAUAUAUACUCUGUGAGGGCUUUGUGUGCAUUAUGCUGCUUAAACGGAUGUUCUCUUAACGAUGCACUUACCACUUUUUGGCAUAAUAACCGUUUAUGGUUACCCAAGACUACCUAAUAAAAAGGGAGAAAUGAUACAAGAGGAAUCAAUCACGUUGUUUAAGGUUGUGAAUUUAUGUUUUGUGUAUCAUUGAAUAAAAUGUUUUCAAAACAGUUCCGUCCGUGUGGUAUGUAAAAUCCACAAUAGACUAAGUGGACACCUGAGUGACUUUACGUCAUAUCAAUAUA